CCAGAAGAAAUGUAUGAGCAAGCUGCUGGAAUACAGUGCAGAUGUCAACAUUUGUAAUAAUGAAGGCUUGACUGCGAUUCAUUGGUUGGCUGUCAAUGGACGAACAGAAUUACUUCAUGAUCUUGUUCAGCAUGUCACUAAUGUAGAUGUUGAAGAUGCAAUGGGACAGACAGCCCUUCAUGUGGCUUGCCAAAAUGGACAUAAGACAACGGUGCAGUGUUUGCUGGACAGCGGUGCGGAUAUAAACAGGCCGAAUGUGUCGGGGGCAACUCCGCUCUAUUUCGCUUGCAGCCAUGGUCAGAGAGACACUGCACAAAUUCUUUUGAUGAGAGGAGCCAAAUACUUACCAGAUAAGAAUGGUAUUACUCCACUGGAUCUCUGUGUACAGGGUGGAUAUGGAGAGACUUGUGAAGUCUUAAUACAAUAUCAUCCUCGACUUUUCCAGACAAUAAUUCAAAUGACGCAGAAUGAAGAUCUACGGGAAAACAUGUUGCGGCAAGUUCUGGAACACUUGUCUCAGCAAAGCGAAAGCCAGUAUCUUAAAAUCCUAACAAGUCUUGCUGAAGUUGCUACAACAAAUGGUCACAAACUGCUUAGCUUGUCAAGUAAUUAUGAAGCUCAAAUGAAGAGUCUCUUAAGGAUCGUGAGGAUAUUUUGCCAUGUCUUUCGCAUUGGCCCAUCCUCUCCCAGUAAUGGAAAUGACAUGGGCUACAAUGGAAAUAAAACUCCAAGAAGUCAGGUGUUCAAGGUCAGGAAAGUAUAUGAUGUUGUUAGGAAGAUAGACGUUAAAGAGAUGAAUUUCACAAAGCAUGCAUUCAUUAAUCAGACAUCUCAUGAACAGGAACCGCUGGAACUGCUCUGGCAUUCUCUGGAUGAAUGGCUCGUUCUUAUAGCCACCGAGCUGAUGAAAAACAAAAGGGACUCUGCCAACAUUACUUCUAUUUUACUGAAGCAAAAAGGACCAGAUCACCAGGAUGCUACUCCUACGCCUUCCUUUGCUGCUGCAAGAACGGAGGGCAGAGAAGAGCUACCCACUGGCACUGGCGAGUCGAAAACAUAUGAUGUUGCCGGGAAGCAGGAAGCUUGUGCUGAUUGCCAGGAUGUUAUCUCCAUGACAGCAAACAGGCUAAGUGCUGUCAUUCAAGCCUUUUAUAUGUGCUGCUCCUGUCAGAUGCCUCAGGGGAUGACAUCGCCUCGUUUUAUAGAAUUUGUCUGUAAACACGAUGAUGUCCUUAAGUGUUUUGUUAACAGAAAUCCCAAAAUAAUUUUUGAUCACUUUCAUUUUCUUCUUGAGUGUCCUGAACUAAUGUCCAGAUUUAUGCACAUCAUAAAAGCACAGCCAUUUAAAGAUCGCUGUGAGUGGUUCUAUGAACAUCUGCAUGCUGGGCAGCCGGAUUCAGACAUGGUGCACAGGCCUGUCAAUGAAAAUGACAUCCUUCUGGUUCACAGAGAUUCUAUUUUUAGGAGUAGCUGUGAAGUCGUGUCUAAAGCAAAUUGUGCAAAGCUAAAGCAGGGGAUUGCUGUGAGAUUUCAUGGAGAAGAAGGCAUGGGACAGGGUGUGGUGCGUGAGUGGUUCGAUAUUUUAUCCAGUGAAAUAGUUAACCCAGAUUAUGCCUUAUUUACCCAGUCAGCUGAUGGAACAACUUUCCAGCCCAACAGCAACUCUUCUGUAAAUCCAGAUCAUUUGAACUACUUCCGUUUUGCAGGCCAGAUCCUGGGGCUAGCUCUGAAUCACAGGCAGUUGGUGAACAUUUACUUCACAAGGUCAUUCUACAAACAUAUUCUUGGUAUACCUGUAAAUUAUCAGGAUGUAGCAUCUAUUGAUCCAGAGUAUGCAAAGAACUUGCAGUGGAUUUUAGAUAACGAUAUCAGUGAUCUGGGUUUGGAGCUGACCUUUUCUGUUGAAACUGAUGUGUUUGGAGCAAUGGAAGAAGUGCCAUUGAAGCCAGGGGGUGCAAGUAUACUUGUUACACAGGAAAACAAGGCUGAGUAUGUCCAGCUUGUCACAGAGCUUAGAAUGACACGAGCCAUUCAGCCUCAGAUAAAUGCCUUUUUACAAGGCUUCCAUACGUUCAUUCCACCGUCUUUGAUCCAGCUUUUUGAUGAAUACGAACUGGAGCUUUUGUUGUCUGGUAUGCCAGAAAUUGAUGUGAAUGAUUGGUUAAAAAAUACAGAAUAUACCAGUGGCUAUGAGAGAGGAGACCAAGUUAUACAGUGGUUCUGGGACGUUGUGGAAGAACUAUCUCAGGAAGAGAGAGUAUUGCUAUUACAGUUUGUUACUGGCAG